AUGGCAAGCACGAUCACAUCCCCAACCUUUGGUUUCUUCUCUGUCAGCAGAAGCAGCAGAGAUUGUAAAAUUUCGAAAAAUACUAUCCCGCAUUGUCAAGGUAUAAAGGCGAUGCACAUUGAGAAGCCUCUUGAGGAACUGUACAACGUAAGGGUGGAAAGGAAAGUGUCACAAAAGCGACUGGCAGAGCUUGGGGUUUCAAAAUGGUCAGUGUGGAAGACUGGCAAGUGCAAAUUGCCUUGGGAAUGGCAGGUGGACCAGUUAGUUUACAUUGAGGAAGGAGAGGUGAGGGUAGUGCCUGAAGGGAGCCAGAAAUACAUGCGAUUUGUCGCCGGAGACCUUGUUCGCUACCCAAAGUGGUUUGAGGCUGACCUCUUCUUCAAUGCUCCAUACCAAGAGCGAUAUAGUUUCCGAGCUUAUGGUGAUGACUGCUAA